GAAUGAGCUGGAGAGUGUGAGGUUCAGAUUUGGUGAGACGCACAAACUUUCCCCAUUUAGCUAAUACAUUCUACCACGUCUUAUUUGGUUAAGCUCCAGAGUUUUACCAGCCGAAACAGUCGCAGGGGAUGCAUAGUAAGCCAACGUUACCAGCUCAUAUUCACAAACAGGCAACUUGGAAGAGAAACAUCACAGCGCCCUGAUGGCAUGGUAGCCUACCACUUCCUGUUUGGUCAAUGAUGCUCUGAAACAGGCAGCAUGGACACAAGCCUGCUGAUUGGCUGGCAGGAUGAGCGGGCGGAGUUAAGGUCUGAGCUCUCUCGGCUGGAGGAGGAGCUUGCAGAAAGCCGUGCUGAUAGGUUGGAGCUGGAGUCACGUGCCCAGGCCCUUACGGAGCGGCUGGCCCAGUCUCUGGACCCGCCCCUCUCCUCGUCUCUGCAUGGGGACUCUGAGCAUCGGGAGUGGAGGAGGAAGCUGAGGGAAGGCAAAGAGAGAGAGACCAGACAGGCCCUGCUCAUCCACAAACUCCAGAACAAGGUGCUGGAGUAUCGCUCACGCUGCCAACGCUUGGAACAGCAAGUAGACGAUGAGGGGAAGGAGAUGAGGCUAAGAGAGAAGAGGAUCCGUGAUGAGCACAGCGACUCCCUGGAGAGCGCCCUCAUCAGGCUGGAGGAGGAACAGCAGAGGAGUGUGGGACUAGUAGAACUCAACGCCCUUCUCCGCAAUGAGCUCAGCCAAUCAGCAGAAGCCAAUGAAUCUCUCAGGGAGGACCUCCGCAAGCUGACAGGCGAUUGGUCCAGGGCAGUGGAGGAGGCCAGACAGCGGGAGUCUGAUUGGCUCCAAGAGAAAGAGCUUCUAACAGGGCAUAUAAGUCAUGAACACACUCGACUGAUGACGCUGUGGGGACGAGUGGUGACCCUUAGACGGCAGUGCAACACCAUUAAGACUGCUACUGACAAGGACUUAUGGGAGCUCAGGGCGGAGUUCUCGCGUCUCUCCUCCUCUCUGCUGAUCUCCUGUGCCUCGGUUCGACCUCUGAUGACCUCUUCCCUGACCCCUGACCUCCAGGCUCCGCGCUCCUCCUCCGCACCCCCCCUCUCCUCAGAUGGCCCCCUCUCUCUAGGGGAACUGGGGAUGGAGCAGAGGGAGAGAGGGAUGGAGAGUGAGGGGAGAGAGAUGGAGGAGAUGCGAGAACAGCACGAGACGGAGAAGCACAAACUCAGGAACAGGAUUGCAGAGCUGAGUCUCUCUGUGAAGGAGAAGGAUGCAGAAAUGGAGAGACUGGAGGAGGAGAAGAGAAAGCGACAGAGUCAGGAGAAGGACAGAGAGGAGGAGAGCGAGAGGGAGUGGGAGAGAAGCCGAGAGAUGGAGAGGAACCUGGAGUCCGUCCAGGAGGCCCUCACCAAGCUGUCUCGUGUCCUGACCUUACGUAGCGGAGCUGGAGAUGCCCCUCUCCUCGCAGUGAACGGGGGCGUGGCCAAGGGGCUGCCCACCCUGCUGUCAAUCAUAGCUCAGGCUGAGAGCUCCCUCCAGUGGAAACACCAGGAAGUGCAGGACGCCGAGGUGAGCGUGAGGAGACUGACACAGGAGAGAGAGGCGUUAGAGAAGCGCGUCACACAGCUGCAGAUGGAUGCAGACGAACAUCACUCACACACACUGCAGACGGCCCAGGAGCUGCGACACACACAUGACCUAAUGCAGAGUGAGAAGGAGAUGGUUGCAUCUCUGCGUGCUCAGGUAGAAGAAGGCGAGAGACACCUGGUGGAACUCCGCAGAGAGAACGAGACCCUCCGACGUCAGAGAGAGAGAGAUGAGGAGGAGAGGAGAGAGAUGGAGAGAGAACGACAGAAACGUUUGGAGACGGAGGCUGAGGAGAGUGCCCGUGUGUGUGAGCGGGAGUCUCGGAGCCGUAUGGAGCUGCACAGCCUGCAGGGGGAGCUAGAGAGAGAGCAGCUGGAGAGGGCGCGUACAGAGAGAGAGGCAGCUGAACACAGAGAAGCACUAAGCAAGGCGCGUGAGAGUGUGCGUUCUCUCUCCUCGUCGGAGACGCUGCUGAAGAGAGAGCUGGCUGAGGCCCACGACGCCCUGGACAAAAUGGCCGCCCUCAACCAGGCCCUGGCUACUGACAAGAGGGAGCUCAGCACCCGCACAUUACAGUUGGAGACUGAGAUUGCUGAGGCUCAUGCGCAGCUGCAGGGCCUGGGGUCAGAGGUCACAACUCUACGCAGAGAGCUGAAGACCAUGAGCCAGGAGACCACACAGCUGAGUGCGUUCCGAGACUCUGAGCAGGACUCGCUGCAGCUGUUGAGGGAGCGGGAGCGCGAUCUGGAGAGGGAGAUGGAGCUGCUGCGGGAGGAGAGAGAGAGGGAGCUCAGCACCCUGACGGAGGAGAACCACAACCACACACACAGGAUCGAGGAGCUGUCAUCGCUGCACAACGGUGUGUGUGAGGACCUGCGUGUGGCUCGCGCGGAGCUGUGCCGGGCGACGGAGGAGCAGAGGAGUGCCGAGCGAGAGAGGGAUGACCUCCAGAGGGAGAGAGAGAGGAUGGAGGGAGCGCUACGCAGCCUGGAGGAGGAGAGAGAACGGCUGCAGCUGGACAGAGAGGAGCUCAGUCACAGCCUUGGCUUCACCCAGACCCAGAGCUCAGAACUACAGCUGCAGAACAGUCAGCUACAGGUGCAGCUCGACACACUCAUACAGACCAAAGAUACACUAAAGGGGGAGAUCAAGUGUCUCCACGAGGAGCUGGAGCAAGAAAGGCACCAGCGGGACGAGGAGAGGAGAGAGGAGCAGGAGGAGCGCGAGAGGAGGCGCAGGGACGCCGAGAACCAGCAGGGGGAGCUGGAGAGGCUGGAGCAGGAGCUGACCCAGUCGGAGGAGCAGCGUCAGACAGAGCAGGAGGAGAGGAGGAGCGAGACGGACGAGUGGCAGCAGGAGAGGGAGGCGCUGAACGCGGAGCUGGGCGCCCGCGACGGGGAGGUGGAGGCCCUGCGCAAGCGCACCCAGGGGCUGGAGAAGGAGAAGGAGGAGAUCGCCGCCCUGCUGGAGGAGUCCGGGACCGAGCUGGAGCGCACGCGGAGCCGCCUCGGCGCCGAGCAGCGCACCCUCGAGCAGAGGGAGAAAGAAGCGAGGGAUGAGGCGGAGAAGUGGAAGAGGAAAGCCAAGGCGGCGCAGAAGAGGCAGGAGGAGGUGGGGCAACGUCUGGAGAAGGAGAGCAAAGGACUGAAGACGACGGAGAAGGAGAGAGAUGCGGCGAGCGAACUCCUGAGGAGGAAAGAGAGGGAGCUGGAGGAGCGAGAGGAGGAGGUGGUGGAGGUAAAGAGCAGAGUGGAGGUGCUGGAAGCAGAGGUGGAGAGGCUGGAGGAGGAGGUGAGGAAGAAAGAGGUCCUGGAGGGCCAGCUGGUGGUUCUGGAGGAGCAGAACCAGCAGCUGAGGGAGAAGGAGCGGACGAGGAGAGCGGAGGAGGAGCGUCGGCAGAGGAGGAGGGAGUCGGAGGAGCGGCAGAAGGAGGAGAGGCUGAGGGGGGAGCUGGGCCUGAAGGAGGGGGAGAUGGAGGCCCUGCGGAGCGACGUGGAGGCGUUGCGGAGGGAGAAGGAGGAGGUGUCGGCACGCCUGGCGGAGCAAGAGACGGAGCUGGAGAGGACCCGGGUGAGGACGGCGGCCGAGCAGAGGAGCUGGGAGCAGCGGGCGAGAGAAGCGAGGGAGGAGGUGGAGAAGUGGAAAAAACGGGCGGUGGGGGCUGAGAAACAGAGGGAGGAGGUGACGCUGCGUCUGGAGCAAGAGAGCGAGGGCCUCCGCGCCACGGAGAGGGAGAGGGACCGCAUGACGGAGGUGCUGAGGAAGAAGGAGAUCGAGGUGCGGGAGCGCGAGGAGGACAUCGAGGAGCUGCGGCGCCGGGUGCUCCUCUUGGAGGCCGACCUGGAGAGGCUAAGAGAAUUCGAAGGAGGAGCGGGAGAAGGAGAGGAAGCUGAGGGGAGAGCUGAGGAGGAGAGAGGGAGAGGUGGAGGCGCUCCGUUCACAGAUGGAGGGACUGAGGAGAGAGCGGAAGACAUCGCAGCCCAGCUGGACACCAGCGAGGCGGAGGUGGAGAGGCUUAAGGCCAGCCUCACCGCCGAACAGAAGCUUCUAGAAGCACAAGCAGAGGAGGCCAGAGACGAAGCAGAGAGGUGGAAGGAGAGAGCGACGCGAACGGAAAGAGAGAGGGAUGAGGCGGUGGAGAAGAGGAAGAGACAGGAGACGGAGGAGAGGAAGAAAGAAAGGACGACCAGAGGGGAGCUGGAGCAGAGGGAAGAAGAGCUGAAACGUCUCCAGUCGAGGAUGGAGAGAACAGAAAAGGAGAGGGAGAGAGAGAGGGAGGAGGAGCGGAGGAGAGAAGAGGAGCAGGAGGAGGCCUUGAGAGAAGAGGAGAGGGUAGUCCAGGAGAAGAGGAGCGAGGAGGAGUCGGAGCAGCUGAAGGAGAGACUGCAGGAGCUGGAACAGGCCGAGAGAGAACUCGCCCUGAAACUCCAGGAGGCGGAGCUGGACCUGGAGCGCCACUCGGAUUUGCUGAGGGAGACGGAGAAGGAGCUUAAAGACAGGAAGCAGGAAGUGCUUCUGACUCAGAGUCAGGUGGAAGUGGAGAGAGAGAGAGUGAGAGAAGCAGAGGAGAGGAGAGACCAGCUGGAGGAGGAAACUCGGAUACUACAGCAACAGGCCGAAGAGCAGACCCGAGAGCUAGAACGGUCAUCGCAGCAGCUAACAGAGAAAGAGGAGGAGCUAAGAGACCUCACCAACCAAUUAGAAGAAGCCUCACAAGAGACUGAACAAUUGAGAGAGACGCUGAGCUCAAAGGAGGAAGAGAUGGAAAGACUGUCUUUCCAGCUGAAGGAGGAGAAAAUGGAGGGAGAGAGGAGGAGAGCUCAGCUACAGGAGCUGGAGAGGGGACAGCGCACCCUGGUGGAGGAGCGAGGGACACGCGCCGCCAGGCUGGGCAGGGAGGUGAAGGAGCUGACGGAGGAGAGAGACCACCUGUCUGCCGAGAUCCGGCGGAAAGAAAGGGAGGCGAGCGCCUUGAGAGAGGAGGCGCAGAAAGAGCGGAGAGAGAAGGAGAAGCUGACCUCCUCGCUGAGAAAGAGAGAGGAGGAGCUGAAGGAGAUGAAAGAGAAGAGAGAAGGGGACGCGAGGGAGGUGAGAGAGUCGAAAGAGAUGGAGAUUACCCUGCUGAAAGAGGAGGCGCAGCGGGACAGGAGGGAAAAGGAGAGACUCACCUCCUCCCUGAGAAAGCGAGAAGAGGAGCUGAGCGAAGCCAAGGAGGCCAGGGAGAGGAUAGAGGAGGAGUUGCAGGAGAAGGAGAGGAAGGAGAGGCGCGAACGGGACAAGCUGGCCUCCUCACUCCUCAGGCGGGACGAGGAGCUCCGGGAGGCGCGGGAGAAGAGGGAGGCGGCCGAGGCCGAAGUGAUCGCGCUCAAGCAGGAGGUGUCCAGCCUGGGCCGGGCGAAGGAGCGCGCCAGGCGGGAGGCGCGGGAGCGGGAGGCCGAGAGCCAGAAGAUGCGCCAGGGACUCCAGCAGGGCCUCAAGGAGAUGGCCGAGCUCAAGCAGCUCCUGCAGGAGAGCCACGGUGAAGGGGAGCAACUCCGAGCCCUCCUCAUCCAGCGCAAGGAGGAGCUGACCAGGGGCCGGGACGAGGGGGCCCGGGAGGAGCGCAGGAGGUACCAGGAGCUCCAGAGGGAGCUGUGCCAGAGGGAGAGCCAGCUGAGGGUUGCCCAGGAAGAGGUGAUCCGUCUCAGGGAGAGGGAGGCCGAGGCGGAGGGGGAGCUGACGAGAACCAGGGUGCAGCAGGAGGUGCUAGAGGAGAGAGUGAAGCAGCUGCUCCUCAGGGAGACGCAGCUCAGAGACGCUCAGGAGGAGGUGAGCCGACUCAGGGAGAGACUUCAGGCGAUGGAGGAGGAGGUGGACGCGGAGGCCAGGAGGAGCAAAGCCAAGGAGGAGGCGCUGCUGGAGGAGCGAGACCAACAGCGGGGCCUCAGGGAGAAAGAGCUGAGGGCAGCCCAGGAGGAAGUGCACCGUCUCAGGGAGCAGGAGGAGGAGGCGCAGGGGGAGGUGAGGAGAACCAGGGCCCUGGUGGAGACGCUGGAGGAGCAGAGGAGGGAGCUGAGCAGCGCAGCCGCGGAGAGGAGCAGGGAGGUGGUGGAGGUGAGCGAGCGCGUGAAGGAGGUGGAGGAGAGGAUGGAGAGAGAGAGGGAGGAGAGGAGAGCUGAGGUGAGGAGGUGGGAGGAGAAGAUCGAGACGCUCAGAAAAGAAGGGGAGGACGAGGAGAGGAGGAGGAGAGAGGAGAGGGAGCUUACUGUGGCCAGGCUGACGGAGAAGGAGCGAGAGAUCACCCGGAUGAGAGAGAAAGCGGAGGAGGUGGAGAGAAAGAGGGAAAAAGUAGAAGAGAGAACGAACGAGUACGGCCAGCGAAUGGAGCUGGUGUCGCGCACCCUUCGAGAGCGAGAGAGGGAGCUGGAGGGAGUGCGGGAAUCGGCCCAGCGAGCGGAGAGAGAGAAACAGGCACUACAGGAGGAGGUGGAGGAGAGAAAGAGGGAUGAAGAGAGGCUGAGAGGAGAGGUGGAGCGCCUGGAGAGAGAGAAAAGCGGCGAGGCGCAACAGCUAGAGGGCGCCAGGCUGCACCUCAGCCAGCUGGAGAGAAUGAACCAGGUGCUCCGGGAGAAGAUCAAGGAGGAAGAGCACGAGAUGAGGAAGAGAAAGACAAAGAGAGCUCAGGACGAAACGGACAGAGACGGCACGGCGAACGCGUCCCGGGAGACGAUGGAGAGAGAGAAAGAGCGAGAGAGACUCCGUGGAGAGUUAGCUCGAACGGAGGACGAGAUUCGCCUGUGGAAGACUCGCGCCGAGACCUUAGAGCUUGAGGUGAGGCAGCUGAAGAGAGAGAGAGAGAGAGGAAGAAAGAGAUGGAGGAAGAGAGGAGAAAGAGGAGAAUGGUGGGGCGAUCGAGAGCGUCUGACGGAGCGCUUGUCCACUCUCUUGCUGGAGCGCGAGGAGGCCAGAGAGGCACUGAGGAAGCGCGAGACGGAGGUGCACGAGCUCAAGGAGAGGAGCGACGAGCUGGCCAGGGACCGCCAGCGCAUCAGGGCCGCCCUGGAGAAGACAGAAGCCUCUCUGAUUGGAUACCAGGAGAGGGUGCGGCAGAUGGAGGCCAAUGAGAGAGGAGCAAGGGUGGAACCUGUCCAUCAGGACCGUGACUCUGCAGUGGCGUUGGAGGGCAGAGGUGUGGACACGGGCGUGAUCGUGGGUGUGGGGGGGUCUGGUGCUGAUGUGGGGGGGUCGGAGGCCAGUGGCGGGGGGCGACUGGGGAUGCAGCGGGCGGUGGCCCAGCUGGAGGUGGAGCAGCGGAGACUGCAGGGCAGGAACUCACACCUGGAGCAGCGCGUGCAGCGGCUACGCACUGAGAGACAGACCCAGAGACACACUCCGACAGGUGAGGUGGAACAGGAGAGAGGCCGCCUCCAGCAGCAGCUGUCCCGCUCCCAGUCCGGGACUCAGGUUGUUGGCCUUACAGAGGGACAAGACGUAGAGGCCUUAAGAGCACGUGCCGCUGAGUUAGAGGAACAGGUCCACCACCUGCGUCUAGUGCUGGCUGUGGACCAACAAGAAAGGUCAAAGUUCAUCGAGCGCUCUCAGAAGAAUCAUCAGAGACUGGAGGCGCUGCGACAGGACCUCAACCAAUCACUGGCUGCCGUUUCCCAGCAGCCCGUCCCGUCCGUGUUUCAGUCCGAGACGCAUCGAUUGGACAGGAGUAUCAGGGAGGAGGAGCUGUGGAUGUCUCUCAGCCAAUCCUGAGAAAGGUUUCUUCACAGGGUAAAAGUAUGAUGAGCUCGCUCACUCAGUUUUAAUGUGGAUACAUCUUAUAAUCAGCAAAUGUUACAAAUGUCACAAAUAUCUAUGUUGUUGUUUUUAAAAUGUUAAACUUUGUUUUUUAAUCUAAGCACAUUCCCCUCGUCUGUACAUAUCUAUGAAUGUUGUUCUUAUGUAGCAUAACUCAGGGGUAGUUACUGUGAAUUAGACAAAAGCACAAGCAGCAUUCUUCUUUUUGUGUGUUACAUUAAUCUGUAUUUAUUCAGUCAUAUUUAUUUCUUUUAUAUUGUUUUUGUAAUACAUAAUAGUGUCUUCUGAUGUUCUAAUGUUACAUGUUUUAUUGUGUGACUUUGUUUACUUGCUCAUAUCUAGGUUGUUACAUCUGUACAACAUUGAUUUUGGUCCGCGCCAGGCCCAGGCCAGAGGAAGUGUUUUUUAUAUUUACAUAUUUAUGAAUGUGCUAUACUUACAAAAAUUACAGGGUUGUUGGCCAUUAUUUGGGUACUAAUAACAAGUUUGUUCAACAUCAACAUGCUUUUCUUUUAUGCGCAGUGUUAUUUAUUUUAUUUCAUGUAGCAAUGAUGAGCAAUAGCCAUCACAAUUUUUGCAUUCAAAUUACACACAAAUAAAAUAUAACAUUGUUUUUUU